AUGUCGAUCAAAAAGCACCGCCCCGUGGACGAGGAAGACGUCGACACUCCGGCGGCGCCUCUCGCCAAGAAGGCCCGAGUCGCGGCCAAUGGCGAUGCUGCCAAUGGCGACGAGGCCGAGCGCAGGCAGCUGAAAAAGGAAAAGAAGGACAAGAAGAGGAAGGAAAAGAAGGAAAAGCGCGAGAAGGAGGGCAAAGAGGGCAAGGAGGGCAAGGACGACCAGGAGGCCAAGAAGGAGAAGAAAGACAAGAAGAAGGAGAAGAAGGAGAAGAAGCUGAAAGAGAAGGGGGAGGCAACCGAAGGGACCGCCGAGUCGACAACUGCGACCAACGGCGCCACCCCCUCGUCCGGCUCCUACACACAGACGGCUGCCCUGACGGCCGUGCCCGAAGCCGAUGUCCAGGCGUAUCUCAAGAAGGAGCAGGUCGCCGUGUACGACCCGCUCGUCAGCAAGACGGCGCCCGCCUCGGAGCGUCUGCGGCCCAUCCUCGAGUUUAGCCAGCUGCCCGCGACCGCCCUCACCAAGAAGGGCCCUUUUGCCGCCUACAAGAACCCCACGCCCAUCCAGGCCGCCUCGUGGCCCUACACGCUCGGCGGCCGCGACCUUGUCGGCAUCGCCGAGACCGGUUCCGGCAAGACCAUGGCGUUUGCGCUGCCCUGCGUGGAGGCGCUGCGCAGCCUGCCCAAGCCGGCGGCCGUCGAGGCCAAGAAGCUGCCGAACCGGUCCAAGCUCAACAACAAGUGGGACGCCCGCGGCAACCUGGCGCAGGCGCUCGCCGUGAUUGUGUCCCCGACGCGCGAGCUGGCCAUGCAGACGCACCAGGCCAUCGAGCCGCUGGCGGCGCUCGCGGGGCUGACGGCCGUCUGUCUGUACGGCGGUGCCAGCAAAGACGAGCAGCGCGUGCUGCUGCGCCAGGAGGGCGGCGUCGACAUUGUCGUGGCCACGCCGGGCCGUCUCAAGGACUUUAUCAACGACGAGGCCGUGUCGCUGGCGCACGUGCAGUUUGCCGUGCUCGACGAGGCGGACCGCAUGCUGGACACGGGUUUCGAGGAGGACAUCAAGUUUAUCCUGGGCCAGUGCCCCGAGCGGGCCGCGCGCCAGACGCUCAUGUUCACGGCGACGUGGCCGACGAGCGUGCGCGGCCUGGCCGACGGGUUUAUGAAGGACCCCAUCAAGAUCACGGUCGGCAGCCGGACGCGCGCGGGCGCGCUGGAUGGCGAGGACGGCGCCGAGGGCGGCGACGGCCCGCGCGACCGCAACAACACGGGCGCCGUGGAGCUGCAGGCGAACGCGCGCAUCACGCAGACCGUCGAGGUCAUAGACCAGCGCGAGAAGGAGCGCCGCUGCCUCAACAUCAUCAAGCAGGAGCAGCGCGGCAAGGCCAAGAACGACCGCAUCCUGGUCUUUUGCCUCUACAAGAAGGAAGCCGUGCGCGUCGAGAAUUUCCUGCAGGGCCAGGGCGUGCGCGUGUGCAGCAUCCACGGCGACCUGCGCCAGGAGCAGCGGACACGCAGCCUGGAGGCGUUCAAGGCCGGCACGACGCCCGUACUGGUGGCCACGGACGUGGCCGCCCGCGGUCUCGACAUCCCCGAGGUCAAGCUGGUCAUCAACGUGACGUUUCCGCUGACCAUUGAAGACUACGUGCACCGCAUUGGCCGGACAGGCCGCGCAGGCAAGGACGGCCGUGCCAUUACCUUUUUCACGGAGCACGACAAGACACACUCGGGCUCGCUGAUCAACGUGCUCAAGGGCGCCAACCAGGAGGUGCCGGAGGACCUGCUCAAGUUCGGCACGACGGUCAAGAAGAAGACGCACGGCACGUACGGCGCCUUCUUCAAGGACGUGGACAUGAGCCAAAAAGGCACAAAGAUCACGUUUGAUUAA